UCGGCUUUUGUCUACGAGAAAAUUGAAAUGUUCCUCACGUGACCAGUUAUGCAAACCCGUUAACAGAUUGACUGUCAUUUAAAUGAGCUGAACCUUGAAAAAUCAGAAGUGUACCAUGCUAAUCACGAAAAUCAGAUAAGAAAUGUUUAGAAAAGGCAAUUUUCGCCGAAAUCCCAGCACAGAUCGUGACCCGUCUGCGUCCAGGAUGCGAGUUCUCGUGUGCGUGUUGGUGGCGCUCGCCCUCUCAGAGGCCUCGCCGGCCUUCCAGUCCGUCUCAUUACCCGUGCGAAAACUGCAAGACGUUGUGGAGGAGAGAGUGAUAGGUGGUCAGGAAUCAAGCAUUUCCUGGUUUCCUCAUAUGGUGGCGGUAAUCUCGGACGAAACAAACUUCUGUGGGGGAUCGCUGAUUUCAGAAAACCACGUAAUCACUGCCGCACAUUGCGUGAUUGGGAUGACCAACAGUCACGUGAUUCUUGGAACCCUGGAGCCAACGAACACAACUAGCAUCGGCUACACGUUCAUGUCAGUAUCGGAAACGAUAAUUCACUCCGGCUACAAUGUCGCCACCAAGGACAACGACAUCGCAAUGCUGACCCUGGGCUCCAAUGCGCCAACCGGAAGCAACAUACAACCAGUUCUUCUGCCUAGAGUAAACACGAAUUUAGAUUUAACUGGACGCAGCGCCCAACUAUCCGGCUGGGGGAAAGUCAGCGACGAUUCCAGUUAUAUAAGCAAUGUGUUGAGGAACGCAACAGUGCCAAUUGUGGACAAUCAGGAGUGCUUGUUUGAUUACGGCCCUAAUUACGUGAACGAAAGGAAAUUGUGUGUUGCCACCAACGGCGGCACCGUCGGCGCAUGUUACGGCGAUUCGGGUAGUCCAUUGGUCCUGGAUGACGUCAACAACGGAGAGAGGAUUCAGGUUGGUGUCAUGUCUUUUGGCGCCUCUGUUGGCUGCACCCAAGGAUACUCCACCGUCUACACCAGAGUCACCAACUACCUGCAGUGGAUUCAGGACAACGGCGGCCCAGCUGUCAGACCCUAAAAGCAAUAAAAUUUGAUUUUUUUGAUA